AUGUCCCUCAAGCAGCCUGUCACGCAGGUCAGACUAACAAAUGUUGCCGUUGUUAGGCUACGGCUAGGAGGGGAGAGGUUCGAGGUUGCCUGCUACAAGAAUAAAGUGAUCAACUGGAGAGAAGGCAAAGAAACGAAUUUGAACGAGGUUCUGCAGAUUGACGCGGUUUUCCAGAAUGUGUCUAAGGGCGAGCUGGCAAGAAAAGCAGAGCUUCUUAGGUACUUCGGAACUGACGACCGAAGGACCUGCAUCUUAAAGAUCCUCGAAAAAGGGGAGCUGCAAGUCUCCGAGUUGGAACGGCGGCAGCAGCUGGAGUCGCAUUUUAACGACAUUGUCUCCUUGGUGAUAGACCUUACUUACUCGGCGGUUACGGGCCUUCCUCUCUCGCGCUCGGCUGUGUCUGGAGCUUUGAAGGAUUUAGGAUUUGCAGUGAGGCUUCAGCAGCCUCCCAAGGCCCAGGCAUUGCAUGCAGCGUUGUUGCUACAGCACCACAACCCUGGGCAGAUUAGACGCAGACUCAUGCGACUCAAGAUGCAACUGCCAGGAGCUGCUGCUGCUGCUGCGGCUUCCAUGCUGCACUACAUCGUACGCGAGUGCGCGGGCAUCAUCGAGACGCAAGAUCCAACGGUAGAUGUUUUGCUGCAGCGCCAGCAGCAGGAUGUCUCGUCUGCGGCUGCAGCCACAGAGUGGCUAGUUGUUUUUCUUGUGCCCCCCGGAGCGUAUAGAGAGGUUGAGGAAAAGGUGCAGGAAGCAGGGGGUUCUCUGUCUGUUGUCGCAUGGAACUGUCUCCAUGGCACGCAGAAAGAGCAGCAAUUGCAGCUCAAGAUGGAACAAGACCAGCUGCAACAACAGCUGGACGAACUCCGGCAGCAGCAAGCGCAGCUUCAGCAGGACUUAGAGGUGGAGUCUCAGCGGAGGCUACAGGUGCGUGAAGAGGAGCAGCAGCGGCGGCAAGAGCGGCGACAGCGGCGGCAGGAGCAGCUGCAAGCGAAGCAACAGACGCAAAAGCGCAUACAAGCGCAACAGCAGCUGGAAAAGCAGCUACGGGAACGGCAAAUGCGGCAGCAACAGGAGCUUUCGCAGCAGCUUCUGGAGCAGGAGUUGGAGGAUAAGGAGCUGCUGCAGCAGCACUUGAAGGAGCUGGAGCAGUUGCAGCUGCAACUGCAGGAGCAAAGACUGCAAGAGCAAGAGGAGCAGGAGCGACGGGAAGCCACUGCUGCUCACAGCGGGCGAUCUCACAGGGAAGGCACGGGGUGUCCAAACACCCCAGGGCCUCCAUCGACAGACGCCAGUGUCAGCAACAGUAGGCGUAGCAGUUUCAGCAGCAGCAGCAGUGAGGAUCAGCUCUGCUGCUGCUGCUGCGCAGAGUGGGGGGACGACGACUGGACAGACACCACAACUAGGGCUCAGCGGAAGAAUCGCGGUAGCAAGGGCAGAAAGCAGCGGCAGCCGCAGCAGCGACUGCUCCCUCCGGGGGCAAGUGGUGGAUUUGUUGGAGUUCCUUGCCCCCUGCAUGCGUCGACCUGUGUGCACCAGAGAGAUAAGACAGCCAAACCCAUUGAUUCUGCUCCCCGUCGCACGCAGCAGCACCAGCGCAGGAGACAGCUGCAGCAACAACAGAAGCUGCAGCAGCAGCAACUGAAGCUGCAGGAGCAACAGCAAAAGCAGCAGCAGCCGAAAGAGCCAGAACUGCACGAUAGCCUGACUCGAGAGGCCCUAAGAUGGCUCAACCGCGACGUGCUGCAGCAACACCAAGAAGAAUCCACGACAACUGCCUUUCCCGAGGCUUCCCCCUCCGCAUCCACAGCUCAACAGCAGGAACAGCGUGGACCACGAUGCCGUGUUUGCGGCGACAUGUUCAAAGACGUAGUGGAACUGCGCGUACACUGCAAGAGCAGCAGACAUGCAACAAACUUGAGGAGGCAGGCCGACAAGCUGCCACCCCUUGCUGAUGCUGAAUGGAACGAGUUGCAGUUAGAUAAGCACCUUAUGGCCGGAGUACCCACUGAAGUGAGGGGAUUUUAG